AUGUCGAAACUGGAGUACACCUCUCUGGACGAGAUCCCGAAGAUUCACGAACUCUUACGAGCAGGUUUCAAAUCAGGAAAAACUAGGCCUGUCGCGUAUCGCAAGCACCAGUUGUUGCAGCUGGCAUACCUUUUGAAGGACAACAGGCAACGCUUCCGAGAUGCGUUCUCAGCAGAUUUCAAACGUCCGUAUGAAGAGUCUGACAUGCUGGAGAUUGAUCCUAGCAUAGGCUGUGUUGUGGAAGCAUACGACUCGGUGGCAAAAUGGGCCGCGCGAGAAAGAGCUCCGUUCGACCAGCUCUGGUUUGCAAUGUCACCGGCUAUUAGGAAAGAACCGAGAGGAACUGUCUUGGUAGUGGCGCCCUUCAAUUAUCCGGUCUUGCUGCUGGUGAAUGGCUUCGUCGGCGCCAUAGCAGCGGGGUGCACGGUUCUUCUCAAGCCAUCUGAGUUAGUUCCUUCAAUCAGCGGCCUCCUGGCAGAAUUGUUGCCUCAGUAUCUUGACCAAGACCUAUACCGGAUUGUAAACGGAGCUGUUCCGGAGAUGACAAAGAUCCUGGAGCUUAAAUGGGAUCACAUCUUCUACACCGGCGGUGGUCGCGUUGCCCAAAUUAUUAGCAUAGCGGCUGCAAAACAUUUAACCCCUCUGACGCUUGAGCUUGGCGGCAAAAGCCCCGUUGUUAUUGAUCCGGGUUGCGACCUCAAUGUUGCUGCGAGGCGUAUACUAUGGGGAAAGACUAUUAAUGCUGGCCAGGUCUGCCUGGCCCCCGACUAUGCUCUUGUUCCCAAAGAUUUCCAGGACACUUUCGUGGCAGCUAUGCAACGCGCAUUCAAUGAAUUCUUCCCAACUGAGUCGCCCAGACCUGGUGUCAUGUCAUGCAUCGUUUCGCAGCAGCAUGCUUCCCGACUAAAGCGUUUGGUUGAUGAGACAAAGGGUACCAUCGUAUUUGGUGGUCAAGUUGACGUUGAGCAACAGUUUAUAUCACCCACGGUUGUCAAGGAUGUAGCUGGAGAUGAUGUUCUCAUGAGCGAAGAAAUCUUUGGACCCAUUCUUCCAGUUGUUCCCGUCAAAGAUGUGGAUGAGGCCAUCGAAUUUAUAAAUGCCCGGGAUUCUCCGCUCGCUCUAUAUGUCUUCUCGCGUGACUCGGCUUUCAAGGCAAAGGUGUUUGAUAACACCCAGAGUGGUAUGGCAGUUGCGAACGAAGUUGUCAUAGGAAUGGCGGUUCAUGGGGUGCCAUUUGGAGGUACCGGUGCGAGCGGACAUGGAUAUAGUACAGGAAAGUGGUCGUUUGACGCAUUCACCCACCUGAGAGCCACGUUUGACAACCCGAGCUGGGUUGACACUUUGAUAUUCAAUCGCCGCUAUCCCCCAUAUUCGGUAUGCCUCGUUGCUUAA